AUGGAGCUUGAACAUUUGAUCCAUGAACACCCCUUGAUCUUCCAUGAAGAUGAGAGAAAGGACGGCGCAAUGGUUUUUUGUAAAGCCUGCAGGAAACGAAUAUGGGGUUUCCAAUUCCAUUACAGUUGUGAGGAGUGCAAUUUAUACUUUCAUAAAUCAUGUGCCGAACGACCCCGCGAGUUGGAGCAUCCACUGCACCCUAAGCAUCGUCUUAAUCUAUUCGCAGUUGAGUGGUCGUUCGGCAAAUGUGGUGGCUGCAGUGGAGAGUUAUGGGGCUAUAAUUACCAUUGCUCUCUGUGUGACUUCAAGCUUCAUCUGAAGUGUUCUGCUCUGCCGCUCAGCAUUGAAUCUAAAAUUCACGACCACCCAUUAAAUCUCGUGCGGAGAGCAGUCUCGUUCAAUUGCGAUGCCUGUCGGAAAGAAGGUGUGGGUAUGUUUUACUUAUGUACCGCCUGCCCAUUCUUGGUUCACCUAGAUUGUGCGUUCUUACCAUUGAUGGUCAAACAAAUACGACACAAGCACCCUCUCAGCCUCACCUACUCUGUUCAGCUCAAUCAGUCUGACCACCAUCGAAUUUGCCUACUCUGUGUUGAAAAGGUCGACACAGAUUACAGGGUAUACUGCUGCUCGAAUUGUGAUUUUGUUGCUCACCUUAAUUGCGCUACUGAUGAGCGAAACAGGGAUGAAACAUUUGAAUGGGAAUUGCAAGAUAAGAAUCCUUUUGAAUCAAUCAUUAUACGCCAAAGUUCAAAUCUUGAUGAAUACACUGAUUUAUUGCCUUAUUUUAUCAAGAAGAUUAAGUUGGGAGAGGAUAAAACAGAAAUAGCUGUGGAAAUCAAACAUUUUAGCCACGAACAUGACUUAGAGCUUACUGAGGAGUUGGAGACUAACGAAAAAUGUGAUGCGUGUGUAAGGCAUAUCUUCUCUCCAUUUUACAGUUGUGCUCAGUGUGGAUUCUUUCUUCACAAAUCUUGUGCUGAAUUACCCCGAAAAAAGCAACACUCGCUUCACCAACACCCUCUCAUCCUCCUCCCACAGGCAUCUUAUAGUGGUGGUUUCUUUCAAUGUCUUGCCUGCAAUAUUCCUUGCAAUGGCUUCACCUACAAUUGUGACAGAUGCGGGUUCAACCUUGAUGUCCAAUGUGGUUCUCUCUCAGACAUCUUCGUCCAUGAUGGUCACGAGCACCGGCUUAUUCUAUCUAGUGGAUAUGCUGACUGUAGUUCCUGUGGUCGUUGGGGAAACAUCUUUCGCUGUGCUGAUUGUGAAUUUGCUGUAGACUUCAUUUGUUCCACACUACCCCAUAGGGUAAGGUACAAAUCACCCUUUGAAGAAGUAUUCAAGCUUUGUUAUACUGUUGAAGAUGUAUCAGAUGAAUAUUAUUGUGAUAUUUGUGAAGAAGAACGAAACCCAAAGCAUUGGUUCUAUUACUGUGCGGAUCUCAGUUUUCCUGCUCAUCCUAGAUGCAUUCUUGGGGACUUUCCAUAUAUGAAAUUUGGGAAGACCUACUCAUUAGAUGUCCACCCGCAUCCCUUACCUGUGUCCAGAGGACAAAGGGUCACACUCCAUGUGACAGAUGCAGUGGUGAACGUUCUUAUGCUGGCCUAUCCUUUGAAUGUGUCAAGUGUGAUUUCAAUCUUGAUGAGUGGUGCCUCCGUGAGAUGGCAGAAUGACAUAGCUGGUGGCUUUCACCACCAUGUAAAAAAGUAG